GCACAAGUCCUGAUGGUAGGAAGAUUUAUGUGAAGGGAAGGAAUUUGCUAUGGACUGUAGUCGUAGAAAAGUUCAGCGUUGAUGCAUUAACACGCCAGCUAGCUUUAGAGUUGAACAUUGGCACUAAUCAAUUGGUGUCAGUUUCAUAUUUUGACAAAGUGUUGGGUGAAAAUGUCAGGCUGUUGCAUGAUGAGCAGCACUACUUGAUGUUUGAUAUGUAUGCAGCUGAGCUGAAAGUGCCACUUAGUGUGGUAGUGGUGGAUGUAAUUGGAUCUAGUGUAUUCAAUGGUGGAUCAAAAAUUGCAGAUUUUGUUCCUAUUAGUGUUGUGCCUAAUGAUGAUCCAUUGGUCAUGGGCACUCAAAAUUAUGCAAAUAUAAUCCAGCCGAAUGAUGCACAAGCAUACCUCCAGACCGACACUACUAAUUGUCCAACAACGCCAACUCAGCCUGCACCGCCUCCUAUAGUUGAUAGUGUCACAUCAGAGGUUGGAAGUACAAGCCAGCCUAAUGUGCCACAUGCUGACCAACAACAAGAACUUCAAAAUCCUUCCACUGAUCCAUUUGAUAACGAGGAGGAGUAUGUUGGAGUUGAUGAUGAACAUCUAGUAGGUGUUAGCAUUCCUGAACCUGCCGUAGUGCAAGCACUGGCUACAACACCUGAUGAGAAAGCUGAAGAUGAGGAGGCCGAAGAUGAUAUGGAUAUCUCCGAUGUUAAGCAUCUUAUCCAGCAGGAGGAAGAGGUUACUGACAUGCCUAUUCAGUACAAUGUGGCCACUGAUCCUUAUAAUGCUGACAUUAAAGUGGGGGCUCUUUUUCCUGACAUUGUAACCUUUAGAAAAGCAAUAAGACAUCAUGCUGUGGUAAAAGACUUUGAGCUAGCUAAAGUAAGGACUGAUUCUACUAGAUUCAUGGCUAAUUGCUCAUAUCCUAGUUGCCCUUGGCACAUUCACGCAUCGAGGUUGCGUGAUCAACAAGUUGUCAUGAUAAAGAAGAUUCCCUCUGAGCACAAUUGCCCUACUACAAAGCUUGUAGGCAGCAGAAUGGCAACACAAGGUUGGGUUGCAGAGAAGCUUGUUGAUUGGGUGAAGAAAAACCCAGGAGAGGGAGCAAAGGCAGCGAAAACUAAGUUGGAGGGUGACUUCAACUUCAAGCUGAAGUAUUCCAAAGCUUGGGCAGGUAUGAAGAUAGCUCUGGAACAAAUGCAUGCUAAAUAUGAGGAUAGUUUUCAAUUGUUGUUCAAUUGGAAAGCAGAGAUAGAGAAGAGAUGCCCUGGUAGUAUUGUUGAGAUUGAUUUGGUCAAGGAAAAAGAUAAGUACUAUUUCAAUAGAGUCUUUGUAGCUUUCAAACCCUGCAUAGAUGGUUUCUUAGCUGGAUGUUGACCAUACAUAGGAGUAGAUGCAACUGCACUCAAUGGCAAAUAUGUUGGUCAGUUAGCAUCAGCGACCGGAGUUGAUGGACACAACUGGUUGUAUUAUGUAGCAUAUGCCGUAUUUGAUUCAGAAACUACAGAAAACUGGGUAUGGUUUAUGCAGCAGCUGCGCAGGGCUGUAGGAUGUCCACCAGGGCUAGUAAUUUCCAGUGAUGCUUGCAAGGGACUAGAAAAUGCAGUUGACAAAGUAUUCCCCGAGUGCGAAUAUAGGGAGUGUAUGCGCCAUUUAUACCAAAAUUUUAUGAAAAAAUUCCAUGGUAAAGUGUACACAGACCAUUUGUACCCAGCUGCUAGGGGAUUCACAGAGCACAAGUUUAGAUGGCAUAUGCAAAAGAUAUUUGAGGCUGAUCCAAGUGCUAUCGAGUACCUUGAGAAACACAACAAUAGGAUUUGGUAUAGGUGUGCCUUUGGUGUGGAUAGCAAGGUUGAUAAUCUCACUAACAACAAUUCUGAAAGUUUUAACAAGCAGAUCAAAGACUUGAAAGGGCUAAAUUUGUGUGAGCUACUAGAUAGGAUUAGAGAGCUAAUAAUGGUGAAGUUCAAUGUGAGGAGGCAUGUUGGUAGGUAUUUGGCCGGCAUAAUCUUGCCCGAGGUUCUCAAGAGGCUCAAUGCACUCAGUAAAACAAUUGGGCCCCAUAAAGUGGCGUGGAAUACCGAACAUGAGGCAGAGAUUACACUAUAUGAUGUGAAAGCAUAUGACCAGAGGCACACUGUUGAUCUAAAACAGAGAACAUGCUCAUGUCGGAAAUUUCAAGUUUCUGGGCAGCCUUGCAUUCAUGCAUUGACUUUCAUUUGUUCAAUGAGGGGCGCAAAGAUUGAGUCCUUUGUUGAUGAGUAUUACAGCAUGGCAAAAUUUCGAGCUGCUUAUGCUGGGGCACUGCCAACCAUGACUGAUAGGACACAAUGGGAGCAAGUUGACCUUGGAUUCCUUGUUUACCCACCUAUACAAGAGAAAAGGCCACCUGGAAGGCCCAGGGUUCAAAGAAUUAGAGGAUUUCUUGAAGACCCAGGAAGAAAAGUGGUUAAAUGCAAAAAAUGUGGUCGAAAUGGCCACUUUGCAAAAACUUGCAAUCUCCCUCCUUUAGUUAUUGCAGAACCACCACCAAUGGAGCACACUCCUACUAAAAGAAAGAGAGAUGCUACUGCAGCCGAGGAGGAAGUUGUGGAAGAUGACAAACCUAUAGCAAAUUAUAGAAGGCAGAAGACUCCGGUCAAGAAGAAGACGCCGGCUAAAAAGACGACACCGGUCAAGGAGAAGACGACGCCGGUCAAGGAGAAGACGACGCUGAUCAAGAAGAAGACGCCAGCUAAAAAGACGACACCGGUCAAGAAGACGCCGGUCAAGGAGAAGACAACACCGGUCAAGAAGAAGACACCGGUCAAGAAGAAAAAGACGCCGGUCAAGAAGAAGACUCCAGUCAAGGGGAAAGGCAAGCAAAUUGAAGGUACUGGAAAGGAGAAAACUGCAGGGAAAAAGAGCAAAAAACUGCAGUUUGUUACACCAUCUACCAAUGAUGCUGUUCUCAAGCCAACUCUAGGAACCAAGAAAAAUCUGCUUUAUUGGCUUGGGGGAUGAAUUUGCUUGAACUGGACUAUGUAUGUGUGUGUGAUGCGCAAACUGGAGCUGGAACUUGUAUGCAUGUGAUGCUCAAACUAGAGGUUGAACUUGUGUGUGUGUGUGUGUGUGAUGCUCAAACUAGAGCCUGAUGGCCAAACUAGAGCCUGAUGUGUGUUGCUUAAACUGGAGCUUAGCUAUUUUGGUUC